AUGUUUGGAGAUGUUUUGUUCAUUGAUGAUGAUGAAGAUGAACCAGCAGGGAUUGGAAGGAUAUGUAUCAAAACGAAAAGCAUGUCAAAGAUAAAUGGCAUGGUUCAUGUUGAUAUUGAUGGAGUUAAAUACAUUGUUUCAGUUUCAAAAAUUGCAAAUUGGGUUCUGACAAUUGAUCAUAGUAAAUUCCAAGAUGGUAAUGAGAGUGAUGGUUCGUCUGCAUCUAAUCAAUUUGUUUCGGAUGAUGACUUGAAAGAAGAUCAAGAGGAAUGUAUCAGGUCUAAAGUGGUUAAUAUGAAAAAUCAAGAGAUAGAAAGAGAUUAUCAGGUGGAAGGGAAUGCUAAAGAUAUUGCUUCAAAAGAUGGCUCUUCAGGUAAACAAAAUGAAAACAAUGAGAAGUGGGUUGACGAUAAAGAAAAUGAAAAUUUUGUAAUGGAGCAAGUGCAGCCUUCUGGUGGAAUAAAUGAUGAUAGUCCUUCUCUAUCUAAACCUUCGGGGUUUAGUAAGGCGAUUCAUAAUGAUUCUAAUUCAAUUUCAGCAGGUGUUGGGGGUAUUUUAGGAAAUUAUGUACCAACAAUUUCAUUCUUUGGGAAUCCAAAAACAAAAAAGGGACCAAAGCAGACUUCAAAAACAGGUCUACAACCUGAUGGAACUUCUCUAUUGAAUGCUAAGACAAGAUUUAUUGAGGGAGAGUGGGUGUUUUUUAAAUUCAAACGAUUUACGGUUAACUUCUAUGCACUUCAGGAAGAAAAUAAAAAUGUCAGUGGUGAGGAAUUUUUUAAGGUGUAUGGGAAUGAUUUCACCACUGGAAUGCAAUUGCAAGUUUGGAAUCAAGGGUGCCAUUCCAUGUGGUACUUGUUUUUGGUUUCCAUGUUAUAAUGAAAGAAGGUAAGGUGGUGAUCUAUUAAGACGGAGACGGUGAUGAAGACUAGGAUUACAUCAUCAACAUAUUCGUUCAUAAUGCAUCAACAUAUUCUUUUAGAAUGCAUCAUCAACAUAUUCUUUUAGAAUAGACCAAAUUGUAAUACCUUUUACAUUAUGGGGCAAGAAUGUUGUUAUUUGCAUCAG